CUGGUAUCGACUGCGUUCACAAGCUAUAUCAUCAGCACGGUGACGAAGAUGUCGACGGCGACAGUGACUGUCGGCGGGCCCUCGCCGACCACGUACACGACGCUUGCGCCCAUCACGACCACAUUCACGGCUACUGGACCGACGCCGACACUGCCCAUGCCGACUGGAACGGUGCCUGAGCCCACAGUCAUUGAGGGCGGCACCGGCACAGUCAGCGGGGUCACAAUCAUCGGCGAGAUCUAUAACCUGUGGAUGUACAUUCUGUGCCCGUCGCGCAACUGCACGCCGGACCGCGAGUGGCUGACGUUCAUCCCGAGCGUGGUCGCUGGCUGGGUCAUCGGCUCAAUCGCGCUGCUGCUUGGUCUCGGACUUCUCGCUCUGACGUUUAUGUGCGGCCUGCUCGAGUUCUUCUUUGGGUUUUUGGCGAUGGUUCUGGUAGCGAUAUGCCUGUUCCUGCGUGCUGCGCUAAAGCACACGUCCAUGGACAGGUUUGCCAUGUACAAGGUCUCGAUCUGGUUCAACUACUUUGCAGCCGCGUUAUUGGCGCUGCUGGUGGUGCACCUGAUCUUCCGGCUCAUUGUGCACUUGGACAACACACUGUGCGGCACCAUCCGCUCGGUAGUUAUGUUCUUCUACGUCUGCGCUUUGGCUCUGUUUGCGCUUCUGGUGGCUGCAGUCGUUCUCAUGUUCGACCUGCACUCGUCUGACAAGUUGUCGCACGGAAUCCACUGCUUGCAGGCGUUUGUCAUAAUCGUUCUGAUCCUGAGCGUCAUCCUGCUGGCAACUACUGGCUGGGCGACGAACUCUGGACGUGAAUGGCCACCACAUGACGCACAUUCUGAUCGUCGCGCUGCGCGCCAUAGCGAGGUGCUGUGGUACAUCUUCAACAUUGUGCCGCUGCUGCUGAUUGCGAUCGUGCUGUUGGCGCUCAAUGCACCGAAGAUGUUCACGUUCUAUUACUGCGAGGUCACACCGUGCCCGGCCCGCGACCCGCAUCUGGCGUAUAAUGCGCAGAUGCCCGUCCAGCCGAGUCCGCAUGCUGGCCAAGUCCACCACCACCACCAUCACCACCAGGGCAACAUGGAGGACAAUGUCCAGAAGUUCUACAUGUAAACUUUAUACGGGUGUUGACGCCAGACUCCUUGACACAUCUUUCGCUUAUCGUUACCUUAUUUUUAUUC